AUGUACUACGAGCCCGGCGUGACGGAGCAUAACCUGCCGCAUGACCCGUUCAAGGCAUGUGUAAUCCCGCGCCCAAUCGGCUGGAUCUCGACCCAGUCCGCAGACGGACGCUCGGCAAACCUAGCACCAUACUCGCAAUUCACGAACCUCACCUUCGACCCGCCGUACGUGAUGUUCUCAUCGAACCAGACAGCCACCGGCGAAAGAAAGGACACGGUGAUCAACGCCGAGAGCACGGGGAGCUUCGUGUGGAACCUUGCAACCUACGAGCUGCGCGAGGCGGUCAACAUCUCGGCGGAGCAAUUUCCCUACGGGGUGGACGAGUUCGAGCGGGCGGGCGUCAGCAAAGAGGCGGCGCGGCUCGUCGACGUGCCCAUGGUCGCGGAGAGUCCUGUCAAGUUCGAGUGUCGGUAUCAUUCCACUGUGCGGUUACCGGGGAACCCGCCUAUGGGUACCGUGGAUGUCAUCAUCGGUCGCGUGGUCGCUGUGCAUAUCAAGGAUGAGGUGCUGACGGAUGGGAGGCUUGAUGUGCGUAAGACUCGGCCCAUUGCUCGGUGUGGAUACUAUCAGUAUACCGUUGUUGAGAAUACUUUUGAUAUGGUUAUUCCCGGGAUGUCGGAGGAUGUGUUGUAUGGGUUGGAGGGGAAUGCCAGGCGGAAUCGGUUGCGGGAUCGGGAGAAUGGGGAGAGGGAAGAAGGGAAGAAGGAGUAG